AUGACAACAAUGCCAACCGACAGCAACACAGUAAUGACAACUGCCGUUACCUGUCCUCGGUCACAGUUCACCUGUGGUGAUGGAAAAUGCAUUCCACUGCACUGGAAAUGUGAUACCUACGCGGACUGCUCGGACGGUUCGGAUGAAAUUGACUGCAGCAAAGCGCACAAGUGCAAGGAGGAACAGUUCCAAUGCAAGCUGACCAACAAGUGUAUCCCCCGGGGCUGGACCUGCGACGGGGAUGCCGACUGCGGGGUGGUGGAGAAGUAUCGCACCCUGGACGUGUCCGACGAGGACACCGAGCUGUGCCGCAGCUCGAAGCACUGUCUUCCAACGCAAACCGUUUGCAGCAACGGCAAGUGUUUAGAUAUAGAGAAAUUCUGCGACGGAGCCUGGGACUGCUCGAACGACGAGCUGAAUUGUCCCGUCAACGAUACCGCCGAGUGUGAUGCACUGAAGUGUUCCUACGACUGCCGACAGACACCGAACGGGCCGCGGUGCUUUUGUGCGAAGGGAAACCAACCGAACGGGAGCGUGUGUGAGGAUUUUGACGAGUGCCAAAUCGAAGGAAUAUGCGACCAGAUUUGCAAGAACCUACCCGGCUCGUACAAGUGUACCUGUGCGACCGGAUAUGUGCGAAACGGUAACAAGUGCCUGGCUGUGAACGCUCCAAAAGAAGAGCCCGCAUCGUUACUCUUUGCCACCCCAAAUGACGUGCGUAAAUUCGCUGUGAUCAACGGAACUGCCAGCGAGCAUGCCAACUCCUCUAGCAUUAACCUACCGAUCAGCAACGUUCAAGCGCUGGAAAUGUACCAUCGAAACCGAACCUUUUGUCUGAUUCGGUUGCAGACGAGUGCCAUUUUUGAGUGUUACAGCGUAGAUAAUGUGACACUCAAGUGGCAGAUGCCACUUCCAGACUUAUUUCCAAACAUCGAUUCCAUCGAUCAUAUAAGUAUUGAUUGGAUUUCCGGAAAUUGGUACUUUCUAGACGAUCAACAGGAGAUUAUAUUUGUCUGCUCCGGGCAGAUGAAGCACUGCUCAAUCAUACAUGAGAACGAUUUGGCUAAACCUCGGGGGAUGGCUCUGGAUCCAACAAAGGGUUUUAUGUUCUUCACCAAAUGGGGCAGCUCGCUGGCGAGCGUUGAACGAUCGUUUCUCGACGGAGGAAAUAGGUCUUCAAUCGUCCUGAAAAAAAUUGUCUACCCACACGGGGUAGCUCUGGAUUUGGCCCUCCAGCACGUUUACUGGGUUGACACCUAUCUGGAUUCGAUCGAACGAACCGACUACGAUGGAAACCAUCGGUGGUUUAUGAAAAAGUCAGCAAAUUUUAUGAUCAACCUUCAAUCGCUGCACACAGUUAACGUAUUUGAGUCUACGGUCUAUCUAGCGUCCUGGAAGAAUCGUUCGCUGAUAGCGAUGGAUAAGUUCUCCUCCGAAUUGAAGCUAGUAGCAACGGGCGUUUCGCGUGCCUUUCAUCUGCACGUUUUCCACCGUCAGAAACAACCGGAGGUUGCUCAUCCGUGCCGCAAUCAGAACGGCGGCUGCGAUCAACUUUGCAUAACCUCGUGGAAGAAAACGGUUGCCAUCGGUCAGUGUCUGUGCUCGCCCGGCUACCGAUUGAAGACGAAGGAUCACUGCGUGCUGAUUAAACGACCAACCUUCUUGCUUUAUUCCCAAGCAAACCCCGGUAUGAUCCGAGGCAUUCCACUAGGAAUAAAAUCGCAGGAAGCGAUCGUACCGGUUACGAACCUUGGCAGGGAUAUUACAUUCGACUAUCACAUCGAGGAGCAGCUGAUCUACUUUGCCCAUUACGAUAAAGCACAAUCGAAGUUUUCGAUAGAAAGCCAACGAUUGGAUGGGACCGGUCGCGAAAAGCUAUGGGAAGCGGAAGGUUCCUGCGAUGAUCUGGCGUAUGACUGGGUUGGUCACAACCUGUUCUACACCAACUCCGAAAGAAGUCGAAUAACGGUGCUUAAACUGGGUCCAAAACCUUACGCUCGAAUUAUUUUACGAGAUGUGAUCCACCCAGAAUCGAUCGUGCUUGACCCAAAGAAAGGCUUCAUGUAUUGGACCUCAUGGGAUCCCAUGGGAAGCAAAAUCGAGAAGGCCUGGAUGGAUGGUCAUUCGAGGGAAACUUUGGUUGACAAUCGAGACCUGCCGAUGAUUUGGCCUACUUCGUUGGUGAUCGAUCAGGUGCAGAAGCGACUCUACUGGUGCGACUCGCGAACGGGAAUGAUCGAAAGCGUUUCCCUGGAUGGUUCGGAGAGAAAUCUUUUGUACGACGGACGAGGACGGGAUCACACUCCGAUCGCCAUCGGAGUGCACAAACAAAAGGUUUACUUCUCCGACAAUGUCAAAGGUAAUAUCGAAAUGUUGAAUCUGAGCGAUCAAGGCUCGAUCGAGACGGUUGCGAUCGAAAAGCCUCCGAUUUUUGGAAUUAAAAUUUUCGAUAACCUUACCCAGUAUAAUAACAAUCGAAAGGUGCUUUGUGACGAGUGUUCGUGGAUUUGUUUGAACACGCCCGUCCUGCCGGAAUGUGUCUGCGAAGAAUCGUUCAUGCUUAAUGAACAGAAAACGGCUUGUGUUCCAGUGUCUUCCGUUACGACCAGCCCGUUCAAGUGUCCCAACGGAACUAAUUUUCUCUGUAAGAAUGCAGUGCAAUGCAUCGAUCAGCGAUUCACGUGCGACGGUGAUCGAGAUUGCGACGAUGGGAGUGAUGAAGAGCAAACACCGGAUGGUCCGUGCAAUGCCAACUGCGAUCUGGAACAUAACUUCAAAUGUGACGAUCAGAGAUGUAUCAAUAGAUCCCUGGUGUGCGAUGGAACGGUGAACUGUAUCGACGAAACCGACGAAGACUACAGCAACUGUCCGAAUAUGACGUGCAUCGACAAGUUCUUCCAGUGCGAAAUCAGUCGGAGAUGCAUCCCAAAGAGUUGGGUCUGCGAUCGGCAUCCGGACUGCGGACCGAACGAUCAUUCGGACGAACCGGAAAAGUGUUACAAAUGCGAGGAGUUCGUCUGUAAGAAUGGAGCCUGCGUUUCAUUUGAAAUGCUCUGCGAUGGAGUCAAUAAUUGCGGUGACAACUCAGACGAGGCACAAUGCGACGUGGAAUGUAAGCCCAGCGAGUUCUACUGCAGUCCGUACGGAUGUAUCGAUCGAUCGCUGAUGUGCGAUCCGAAGCUGAACUGUUUGAACGCAUACGGGGAUUGUGAUCAACGGAUCAAUGGCACUGUGGAAGGUGAGGGCGCCGUGUUUCCAACUGGAUUGAUAAAAACCGACGCUGAAGUGAUGGCAUUAUGUGAACAGGAUGUUACCGUGGUGUGCGGAAUGGAUAAAGAUUGUGUCAAGUCUUUCCAGAAGCAGUGCGAAAAUGUGAAGCUCCCCGUUUACAAUGAAACCGUAGUUUGUCUGCAUCCGGAUCGGAUUUGCAGAAUGACAAACACGUGCAUUAAAAUGACUCAACUUUGCGAUGGAAGAAUGGACUGUCCGGACAACACGGAUGAGGGGUUUCGUUGUAAAGAUAAUAUUUGCAAUGGAACGAGCGAAUGUUCACAUUUGUGUCACAAUGCUCCCGAAGGAUACGUUUGUUAUUGCCCGAACCACUUGUUUCUGCAACCUAACGGAAAAGAUUGCCUGGUCGAUCAUGCCUGUGAACAUUGGGGAACAUGUUCGCAAAUCUGCUCUCCGAAUGGCAAACACUACCGUUGUGGCUGUAAGGAAGGUUACACGCUUACGUUUGAUAAAUUCACCUGCAGAAGUAAUAACGCAGACGCACCUCAUGUGAUAUUCAGUAAUCGUCAGGAGAUCAGAGGUGUUGAUUUGAACACGCUGGCCGUGAAAAAUUUCUACACAUCACUGCGAAACACAAUUGCGCUAGAUUUCCUGUGGAAAAAUGAUUCCGUACAGAUCUUCUGGACGGAUGUGCUCGAUGAUAAGAUAUUCAGAGGAACGUUAAGUGGGGAUUCGCUGAGUAACGUUGAGGCUGUUGUGCAGUCCGGUUUGUCGACAGCUGAAGGCCUAGCGGUCGACUGGAUCGGAAUGAAUCUCUAUUGGAUCGAUAGUAAUUUGGACCAAAUCGAAGUCGCCAAAACCAAUGGCAGCUACCGAAGAACCUUGGUUGCAGGAGAUAUGGUCAAUCCAAGAGCUAUUGCUCUAGACCCGAUGGAAGGAUUGCUUUUCUGGACAGAUUGGGAGGAAGGCGCUCCAAGGUUGGAGCGUUGCACCAUGGCUGGAGAGUCUCGAACGACUAUCAAGUACGUCGGACCGGAUGGUGGUUGGCCUAAUGGAAUUACCUUGGAUUACGUCCUGAAGCGCGUCUACUGGAUCGACGCACGUUCCGACUCGAUCCACACCAUAAACUACAACGGCGAAGAUCACCACUUGGUAAUCAAAGAUCAGGAAGUUCUUUCGCAUCCCUUCAGCAUAACUUUGUUCGACAAUUACGUCUACUGGACCGACUGGCGAACGAAUUCUGUCAUUCGAGCUAAUAAAUGGAACGGCUCCGAUAUCACUGUUAUCCAACGAACCCAGAGUCAACCGUUUGGCAUUCAAAUUCUCCAUUCCAGCCGGCAACCUCAAAACCGUUCCAGCAAUCCAUGUGCGGAGAAUAAUGGAGGUUGCUCUCACCUGUGUCUGCUGAGUGUCAACCAGACCUACCAGUGUGCCUGCCCUCAUGUAAUGCGGCUGGACAACAAUCGAAAGCGCUGUAUUCCGAACGAAGAGAUCCUUCUCUUUGUCAUGUCCAACGAAAUCCGGGGCGUUGAUUUGCAGCAGCCAAAUCACUACACCAUCCCUACCAUCAGCCAUCAGACGCAGGUGGUCCAUCCGACGGUGCUGGACUACGACAUUUCCGAAGCCCGCCUGUACUGGAACGAUCAACCGUUGAACGAAAUCAAGUCGUCGGUGCUGGCGACGGGACCGAUCGAAACCAUACUCGAUACGGACAUUGCGCAAUCGCUUGGAUUCGCCGUUGAUUGGAUUUCCCGGCUGCUGUUCGUUUCCACCGGAACCGAGAGUAAUAGUCGAAUUUUGGCCUGCAACAUGAAGGGCGAAUUCAUUACGGAAGUAUUGACGAAUCUCACGCUGGUCAACAGUAUGGUUGUGCAUCCUUCCAAAGGUUUGCUGUACUUUGCCACCUCUAGUGAAUCUCCCAAACUGUACGAGCUGUACGUUAGCCGAAUGGACGGUUCGGACAAACAGUUGAUCAGCAACUCGACUUUCCAUCCGAUGGAAAGCCUCGUACUGGACUUCGAAACCGAGCGGCUCUACUACAUCGCGUCGAAGAUCGGUGAGAUCUACUACUACGAUACGAUCACUGGGAAGAUCAUCAAGGUCAUGUCCACCAAAGUGUCCACCGACGGUGUACACCCGAUCAACACCAUCACCGUGUACAGAGAGCACGUGUACUACGAUGACGGUGUGGAUGGUCGGAUUAUGCGAUGUAACAAAAACCAUUGCGAGAAUCUUGCGGAAGUCGUACGGAACAAUACGGGCGGUAUCAACGCCAUCCGCAUGUACCACCCGGGGGCGCAAAACGGAACAAACUCGUGCCGCGAUACUCAGGGUGGAGGUUGUCAACAUUUGUGCAUUCCCCUGUCGGCGCAAACCCAUACCUGUGCUUGUGCGAUGGGCUAUCGGCUGGACCCCAAUUCGCCGGUUCGCUGUAUUGCGAUCGAUAACUUUCUCAUGUACUCGAUCGGUCAUCAGCUGAAGGGUCUAGCUCUUGGCGAACCGGAAGAUCCAAACGAGUUUGUUUUGGGACCACUGCAGAAGAUUUCAUUGGCGACGGGGAUUGACUAUCACGCCAAAAGUGAUUUUAUUUACAUUGCUGACAGCGAUCGAGGAUCGAUAACGAAGAUCAAGAAAGACGGCAGUGAAAGAUCGGUGAUUGUUAGCAAUUUCGAACAAGUGGUUGAUGGGAAUUCAAUUGAUUGGUUAGGUGGAAUAGCGAUCGACUGGGUAGCGGAUAACAUCUACUGGACGGAUCAGAAGCGGAACUUGAUCGAAGUUGCACGGUUGAAUGGUAGUUUAAGAUAUGUUGUUGCUUCCGACAUUGAGAGUCCACAGUUGAUCGCUGUCGAUCCGGUUAGUGGAUUUGUGUUCUUCUCCGGUAAAGGCAAAAUCGGUCGGACGGGUCUGGAUGGCACGGGGAAGUUUAUUUUGGUUAAUCAAAGCUCCACGAUCAGUGACAUUGCGUUGGAUAUAGAAAAUCAGGUCGUUUAUUGGUGUGAAGUUCAAACUGACUCGAUUUGGAGAGUGGAUUACGACGGUAAUAUGAAAACAAAUCUUCUAAACAAUACUGUGGAUAACGUGAAAGGUCUGGAUUUGUUCGAAGACUAUAUUUAUUGGUCGGACGUACGGGGGAACAUCAAAAUGGCAAAUGUGAAAAACAUUACCCACUUCUGGGCGGUGAUCGAGUCCGAAGGGACCCUAAAAGACAUCAAAGUCUUCUCUUCGCAGAAGCAGCAAAAAACGAAUGCCUGCGGAAUCAAUAACGGCGGCUGUCAGGAGCUCUGUCUCUUCAACGGAACUCACCCGAUUUGUGCCUGCUCGCAUGGGAAAAUUUCAACCACGGACUUCAAGACAUGCGAACCGUACGAAAACUUCCUCAUCUAUUCACGCGUAUCGGCCAUCGAUAGCAUUCACAUGACCGACCAGCACAACAUCAACGGCCCGAUUCCGGAGAUUCAAAAUUCUUCCUUCCUGAAAAACACAAUCGCCCUCAGCUACGACUACGAGCGGAGUCUGAUCUUCUAUUCCGACGUCGAGUUUAGUUCGAUCAACUCGGUUCACUUCAACGGUUCCGACCAUCGGCAGAUCGUAACGAAGCAACUAACCGUCGAAGGUCUAUCCUUCAAUCCAAUCACCCAAACCCUAUUUUGGACCUCCAACAAUGAAGCCUGCAUCCGAUCGCUGGAUCUGACAAACGCAACCAACGAUCCCAAGGAGAACGCCGCUAACGUAAAGGAGUUGAUCAAACUGAAACCGACGGACAAGCCACGUGGAAUAGCCGUCGAACCGUGUCUCGCCAUGAUAUACUGGACCAAUUGGAACACGCUAGCCGCAUCGAUUCAAAGGGCAUAUCCCUCCGGGUAUGGACUGGAAAGUAUCAUUACGACCGAUAUUCGGAUGCCAAAUGCCAUCACGCUGGACUACCGCGCGAAGAAACUGUACUGGGCGGACGCCCGGUACGAUAAGAUUGAACGGGCCGAUUACGAUGGCCGAAAUCGGGUAGUUCUGGCACAUUCCACGCCAAAGCAUCCCUUCGCAAUGACGGUCUACGGGGAUUUGCUGUUUUGGACCGAUUGGAUUCUACACGCCGUCAUUCGGGCUAACAAGUAUUCCGGUAGUGAUGUGGUGUGGUUGAGGAAGGAUAUUGCACGACCAAUGGGAAUCAUCGCUGUUCAGGAGAUCGAUCAGGAGUGCAGCGCGGAUCCGUGUAAAAUUUUGAACGGUGGCUGUGAGGAUGUGUGCUUGAUCGAUGCAGCUGGACAGAUUAAAUGUAGCUGUACGCAAGGGGUUUUGGCAGCGGAUAACCAACGCUGUAUUCCGAAACAAUCUUCAAAUUGUACGGCGGACGAAUUCAGUUGUUCUAUUGGAGGUUGUAUUCCCUACUAUUUAACCUGUGAUUCGAUUGCUCACUGUUUGGAUGGAUCGGAUGAAAUGCAAAGCUACUGUGCACAGCGGGAAUGUGCCCCGGGGUAUUUCCAGUGUGGCAAUCAUCGGUGCAUUCAGAAGUCUUUAAGAUGCGACAAUAUCCAGGAUUGUGGAGAUGGAAGUGAUGAGGAGCACUGUGAGUGUGAUCCUUCCACUCAUUUCCGAUGUAACUCGGGACAGUGUAUCAACAAGCAGAUGCGAUGCGAUAACGAUCCGGACUGUGUUGAUAUUUCCGAUGAAAUCGGGUGUCCGAAGGUGCGCAACUGUAGUGCAAUGCAUUCCGGAGAGUUUUUGCAGUGUCCGAAUACGACGGCUUGCUACAUGUCGUCGUGGCUUUGUGAUGGGGAAAAUGACUGUUGGGAUAAUAGCGACGAAAUGAACUGUACUAGCUCGGUCGUUCCGACCUGUCCGACGGAUAAGUUCCUGUGUGCGAAUGGACAUUGCAUUCCGCAGAAUUGGCGAUGCGAUAGUGAGGAUGACUGUCUGGAUGGGACGAUCACUAGUCUUAGCUCGGAUGAGAUUAACUGCACCAGGCAUUGCAAGCCGAAUCAGUUCCAGUGUUUGAAUAGUACCGAGUGUAUUCCGAAUAGUUGGCAGUGCGACAACAAUCCGGACUGCGCGGACGGGUCCGACGAGGGUUCGCACUGUCAGCAGCGGGUUUGUGCGACCUGGGAGUUCCAGUGUCCGGGAAGCGGUCGUUGCAUCCCGAAGAAGUGGGUCUGUGACGGUGAGGUGGACUGUAUCGCCGACAAUGAGGAUGAGAAGAAUUGCGAUUCCAUGGAGCAGAGUUGUGAUCCGGACUCGUUUACUUGUCAUAGUGGAGAGUGCAUCAACAGGCAGUUCGUGUGUGACGGGGAUGCGGAUUGUGUGGAUGCUUCGGACGAAUCGAUUGACUGUAGUGCAGGCUACCAAGUAAUGGAACAGUGCCGAGAUGAUGAGUUCCAGUGUAAGAAUAAGCGUUGCAUUGCGAAGGAUCUGAUUUGUAAUGUCAAUAAUGACUGUGAGGAUGGGUCGGAUGAGGAUAUUCAGCUGUGUAAGAAUACGACGUUGAUCUGUGCCGGACCGGGGCUGUUCCGGUGCGAAAGCGGUGCCUGUAUAGUGAGCGGUCUGUUGUGUAAUGGAGAGAAUGAUUGUGGAGACUGGAGUGACGAGAAGUCGUGCCGGAUCAAUGAAUGCGAGCAAAUGCCGGACCUUUGUGCUCACAACUGCGAGGAUCGGGAAGUGGGCUAUGAGUGUACCUGCCGUCCAGGGUUCAAAGUGAAUGUCAAUAACAAGCAUCUCUGCGACAGCAUCGACGAGUGUGUGGAUAGACCGUGUAGCCAGAUCUGUACUAAUGUCUACGGAUCGUAUCACUGCUCGUGCCAGGAGGGUUAUGUGAUGCGAGCUAACGGAACGUGUAAGGCGGAUACUUUGGAAUCCGCUAAGCUUAUUUUCUCCAAUCGAUACUACGUACGGGAGGUGGAGUUAAGUGGUUCAAUGACCAUCCUGGCCCAUAACCUGUCGAAUGCUGUUGCACUCGACUUCGACUGGGAAACAAAGUGCUACUACUGGUCGGAUGUGACCUCCGUUGUCAGUUCCAUUAAACGCAUGUGUCUGACUUCCAAUAAAACGGAAGUUCUUCACAAAUCGACGCUGAAAAACCCGGACGGAUUGGCGAUCGAUUGGUUAGCUCGAAAUCUGUACUGGUGUGACAAGGGGUUGGACACCAUCGAAAUUUCCAAGCUAGAUGGCAGAUAUCGGAAAGUCCUGAUAAACAAGAACCUCCAGGAACCUCGAGCUAUUGUAUUGGAUCCAUUCCGCAAGCACAUGUACUGGACCGACUGGGGUGAUCAACCGUACAUCGGAAAGGCCGGAAUGGAUGGCACUAACCAGACGAUGUUGAUCAAGAAUCAUCUCGGCUGGCCGAAUGCUUUGACCAUUAGUUUCGAAACGAACGAACUCUUCUGGGGAGAUGCACGGGAAGACUUCAUUGCGGUCAGCGAUUUGGAAGGACAAAACCGGAAAGUGAUCCUCUAUCGGGAUACUCACCCUGCCAUGAACCUCCAUCAUAUCUUCGCAAUCGCCGUAUGGGAAGAUCGGAUAUACUGGACCGAUUGGGAAACCAAAUCGAUUGAGUACUGUCACAAGUAUCGUGGGGAUCAAUGUGGGACGGUGAUUAAGACGAUCCACCGACCGAUGGACUUGCGGGUAUACCAUCCGUACAGACAGAAAAAACCUUCCGUCGAUCCGUGUGAAUUAGCCGGUUGUUCCACGCUGUGUUUGCUGUCUCCGACAGCCCCCGGUUAUAAAUGCGCUUGUCCGGAUAACUUCGUUCUGGGUCUGGACAAUAAAACGUGCAUUGCGAAUUGUUCAUCGGCACAAUUCCUGUGCAAGACUACGUUCAAGUGCAUCCCGUACUACUGGAAAUGCGACAAGCAGGAUGACUGUGGAGAUAACAGUGAUGAACCGGAUGAUUGUCCCGAGUUCAGUUGUGAAUCGGGACAGUUCCAGUGCGACAACAACAAAUGCAUUAGCCCCAGUUCGAUCUGUGAUGGAGAGAACCAGUGUGGUGAUAUGUCGGAUGAAAAGGACUGCGACGAUUACGAGUGCUUCACUUCGCAGUUCAAGUGUAGUCGUGCGGGCGAUAAAAAUGCUUUCUGUAUAGACGGACACCGGCAGUGCGACGGUACCCAGGAUUGUCCCAACGGAGAGGAUGAGGUUGGCUGCGAGAAGACCAGCUGUGCAGAUCACCAGUUCAAGUGUGGUUCGGGAAAAUGCAUCACAAAGGUUUGGGCUUGCGAUGGUGAUAUCGAUUGUACGGAUGGUUCGGAUGAACGCGAUUGUGGCCAUCGGACUUGCGGGGAGAAUGAGUUUAGAUGCAACAAAGGGCGCUGCAUUCCGGUGUCGUGGCGCUGCGACGGCGAAGAGGACUGUACCGACGGUGAGGAUGAGAAAGACAACUGCCGACCACCGGAGACGAUCACCUGCGAAGCUUCCUACUUCCGGUGUAACAAUUCCAAGUGUAUUCCCGGCAGGUGGUGGUGCGACUAUGAGAACGACUGCGGAGAUAACUCGGACGAGAUUAACUGUCAGAUGAGGAAUUGUUCGGAGUCGGAGUUUCGCUGUCGGGAUGGCUACUGCAUCCGGGGAAUCCGUAAGUGCGACGGUGAAUUCAACUGUGCCGAUCAUAGCGACGAAGAAGACUGUGAUAUUAGCUGCCAACCGGAUGAGUUCAAGUGCAAGAGUCAUAACAUCUGCAUAAGUUCCAAUUUCCUCUGUGACGGCGAUAACGACUGUAUAGAUGGUUCCGAUGAGGAAGAGUGUCAGUGUCAGGACGAUGAGUACCGCUGCGACAAUGGAAAAUGUAUCCUCCGCAACUGGGUAUGCGACGGAAUUGACGAUUGCCUCGAUCGGUCGGACGAGAAGAGCGAAUACUGCCAGGAGAAUGGAUGCCACAAACGUGCCUUCAAAUGUAGUAAUAGAAACUGUAUACGAAAGGGGCUGGUGUGUGACAAUAAGGACGACUGCGGGGACAACAGCGACGAGAAGCAGACGCUCUGUCACAAGUGUCCACCGAAUUCGUUCCGGUGUAGCAGCGAUUCCAAGUGUAUAGCGAAUGAAUUACGAUGCGAUGGAAAACCGAAUUGUUUGGACGAAUCCGAUGAGCUUGGCUGUCGACGGUCGGUUUGUGGUUUCGGAACCUGCAGUCAGAUCUGCGUGGAAAAGAAGGGACACUACAACUGUCGGUGCGCUCCCGGCUAUCAGAAGGGUGUCCCCAAGAACGAUACUUGUGUCGCCAUGGAAGAAAACGGUUUACUGCUAGUCUCAUCGGAGUCCGACUUCCGCAGCAUGUACUAUGGUACCACGGUCAUGGGCUUCCUGCAAACGAACUCCAAGAAAAUCGAUCGAUUCGAUUACUCCAUCACCAGACAAAACAUAACCCUAUUUUGGGUUGACAGCCACGACAAGAGCAUUCAAAAAGUUCUCAUGGACACGACAGUGAAGGUGGUAGAAACCGACGACGCCCCACACUCAGCUUACCGGAGAGCUGCCCCGUCGCACGAUCGCAUUAAAACCCUUGACGGCAAGCACUCAACCGUAAUUCUGAGCCACCCCACCAUCAUCCCGCUAGCGAUCGCCUGCGAUUGGCUCACCGAGCACAUCUACGUGAUCAACAAGAAGCAAAGCAACAUUUUUGCGAUGACCUUCAACGGAACGAAUCACACGACUCUGACGGCUACGGGCAAAUACCCGAUCGACAUCGUCGUCGAUCCGGUCAAUCGAGUAAUGAUUUGGUCCGUAAUGGAAGCGAUCAUCCUGUCCGGAAUGGAUGGCUACCAGAAACAGAAACUGGUGCAGGCGAACAUCGAAUGGGCCACAGGUUUAGCCAUCGAUCAAACCACCAACCGGCUGUACUGGGCCGACUACCGAAAAAGCACAAUCGAAACUUGCCUCCUACUAACCGGCGGCGAUCGACACGUAAUCAGCGAAAUGCACGACUAUUCCAAACCGAAAAUGCUGGACGUAUUCGAAGACAGCAUCUAUAUAAUAUUGUACAACCAAACCAUUCUUAAACUAAACAAAUUUGGUCGAGACAAUGGAACGGAGGUGUUCCAAGGUUCCAGAGGCUAUCGAUCAUCGGACCUUAACUACAUUCACCCACUGAAACACAACCGCAAAGCAACGAAUCCAUGUGAACUUUAUCCGUGCGACGAAACAACGGUGUGCCUAUUAUCCACAGAAAAUCCUAGAGGACGCCGUUGUUUGUGCCCGGACAGUCGAAUCAACCCACUGCUAGACAGCGUCGGCGAGGUGCUAAAGUGCAAAGAUGAAGCCGCCGUCGGAUGCAAAUUGCCGUGCAAUUUCGGUCUCUGUGUGGUUGAAAAUGGCCAACAAAAAUGUCGCUGUCCACCACUGUACGAUGGUAAAUACUGUGAACACUACAUCUGUAGCGGAUAUUGCAUGAAUCGGGGCGCUUGCUAUACGGUCAACAAUGUUCGGAAAUGUACCUGUCUGCCACAGUGGACCGGCGAUCGAUGCGAACUUUCAACCGGAGCAUGUUUGAAAUACUGCCACAACGGGGGUAAUUGCUCGAUUGCAAACGACGGUGCAAUGUCCUGCAACUGUCCGAGGGACUACGAGGGCAAACAGUGCCAGCACUGCUCGAAUCUCAAAUGCGAAAACGGUGGAGUCUGUCGGAAAACGGCAACCGAUAAGAGCCAAUGUGAGUGUCCAGAUGGGUUUAGCGGAAGAAGCUGUGAGAUCGACACCUGCAUCAACUACUGCGAGAACGAAGCGGAAUGUACGAUCGAAAGAGGUGCUCCGAAGUGUAACUGCCCGGAUGGAACCUCCGGAGAGCGAUGCGAAAUUCAGGGCUGUAAAGAACUCUGCCGAAACGGGGGUGUUUGUAUCACAGGAACAAAUCCUUACUGCAGCUGCCGGCAGGGUUACGAUGGGCAGUACUGUGAGAUCGACCUGUGUGAUGGCAGCGAUAAUCAACCAAGUUAUUGUGUUUCACAGCGGCCAUCACCAAGUCCACUUCCGAGUUCCUGUAAUGAUUUCAUCUGCAGCAACACGGGACACUGCUUGGAGGUUCGCGGCAAGCCUAUCUGUAACUGCACCAAUCAGUAUGCCGGCAAGCACUGUGAACUGUACGUUAGCUACAAUAAUCCAUGCAUCAACUACUGUAAGAACAGCGGCAUCUGUCAGCUGGACAUCUACUCGAUAGCGAACGUCACCUACGUGCCGUCUUGCGUGUGUGUAGGCGAAUGGAAUGGCGUACAGUGCGAGAGGCCACCGAACUGCAUCGAAGAGUGCGGUACUUGCGUGGCCGGCAGUUCCAUCAAUGAGUGCAUGUGCGAAGAUGGGGAACUCAGUAUCUGCCUAAAGCAGAUUGCACUCGUAGAGCUAGAGCGUCGUGAUCGGGCCGGGUACACGCUAUCGGUCCUGGCAAUCGUUCUAUUUGUGAUAUUGCUAGCCGUGGCCGGCUUCGGAGGGGCUCUCUAUGGAUUAAGGAAACGAAGAGGCGGACAACCGUUCUCACACGCUCGGCUCACGGAGAAUGUGGAAAUCACUAACCCGAUGUAUCUGGGCGACGUGGAGGAGGUGCCAUCAUUUGUGCAUGAGGAUGAUAAGGCUCACUUCGCCAAUCCGGUGUACGACUCGAUGUACGCCGGCGGUAUCAACGUGCACACCGAUUCGUCCUCGAUGCCGGGCAACAGCAGCCACCCGCUGCUGAACGCAUCCGGUUCGGCACCGGAGGAGAAGAAGGGCCUGCUGCAGCACACCCUGGACGAUUCCAACGCGCAGGACUUGUUAUGAUGCCGGCUGAAAAAAUAGUAGCUGGCGCGAUUCUAGAGGCGACUUGCGGUCCCCCGCGGACGCCUCUGGAAACGACCGUACCAACCGUUUCGGUUGGCCUCUGGUAGGUACGUAGAUACUAUCAACUAGAUAUGCUCCUUUCGUUGUUAGACUGUUGUUAAAAUGCGCAAUGGAAUGCAAACAUAAACACACACACACGUACAUUGAAGCUGUAGAUAAUCACAUACCAGGUUAUAAUAUACUCAUGUUUUAUACUAUUUGAUUAGUUUUAAGUGAAAGAUCUCUCGAAUCACUCCUUUUUAUGGACAGUAAUGCUGCUGGUGAUUGUAGUGGGAUAAUGGUAGCUAAUCGCAAGCAUUUUGUCUGUGUUUUAUCUGUGAAUAGAUGGGUAGCUUUUAAUCGAAUGUUAAGAAACGAGCUGCAAUCGAAGGCGGCCCUGUUUUUGGCGUUCGUGUUUAACUCAGUUUGUAGUGUAAAGUCAUUGGUAACUUGGUGCCGUA